AUGCUGGUACUGCUGGUACUGUUGCUUCCCCUGCUGGUACUGCUGCUGCUGCCCCUGCUGCUGCGCUCAAUGGAACAUAUUAAUAUACAGGAUUUAGUAUUAGAAAGAAAUCAUUUAAAACUAAAUGACAGUAACAGUAUUUAUAAUAACUUGUAUAAUGUUGAUAACCUUAAUAUAAUUCAAAGAUCUUUAAUAUAUAAUAAACUCAAUAAUAAUAAUAAAAAUGAAAAUUGUAAUAAUAGUGUAAAUAGUAAUAAUAAUAAAGAUUCCCAAAACAAUAGUGUAAAUAGUAAUAAUAAUAAAGAUACCCAAACAUUUAGUAACAAUAGUGAAAUUAAAGAAAAUAUAUAUAAUAACAUCAAUUACAAUAGUAAUAAUGAAAACCAAAAUAAUAAUAUAAAUAACACUACAAAUAGUGAAAACAAUAAAAAUAGUUUAAACUCAAUAGAUUUAGAUUUAUAUAAAGAUAAGUUAAUAAUAUUGGAUAAGGAUAACAAAUAUCCAUUGCCGCUUUAA